UUUCUCAUCCCAUUGGUAAAAAUGAGGGAGGCGCCAAAAUCAGUAACCUAAUCUUACGAACCCACCCAUCGGAUAAGGAAAAAGAGAGUGCAUCACUUUUCCUCACCAAUUUUCUUUUAGCCGUUGCAGCAGCUUAUUAUCUUAUUAUUAUGGCAAUGGCAGUCGCCAACUGCUGCUUCUCCGUACUCAGCUCCACCGUUAAAUUUCGUUACUCCGUUUCUUGCCGUCGGCGUGUUGCCACUUCGCAUGCCCCCCUCAACGCGCUCUCUCCUAAAGCCACCAACAAUAGGAAACGAGCUCUCAAGAGAAGCUCGUCGACAUCUCCGCUUAAAUCCAACGCUGAGAAAGAUUCUGCUUCCCAGAAGAAACUUCCAGGAAGACCAAAAGAUGAAAAGUCCAGCUUAUAUGCUGAUGGAAUUAGUGGUAGAGGGGACACAGGGCGUCCUCAAUUAACAGGUUUUAAAUCAUUUGGCACACAAAGAAAAGACAAGAAGGAGUUUCAGCUUGACCCAAGGGAACAGCAGGUUGAACCGGGGCAUCUUCAGGAUGCAAUCUUUCUCAAUGCUGUUGUGAAGGUUUACUGCACCCAUACCGCCCCUGAUUAUUCCCUUCCUUGGCAAAAGCAAAAACAAUAUACAAGCACUGGAAGUGCUUUCAUGAUUGGAGAUGGGAAACUUUUAACAAAUGCACAUUGCGUGGAACAUGACACACAGGUUAAAGUAAAGAGAAGGGGGGAUGAUACCAAAUAUGUUGCUAAGGUUUUAGCCAGAGGUGUUGAUUGUGAUAUAGCUUUGCUUUCGGUAGAGAGUGAGGAAUUUUGGAAAGGAGCUGAGUCGCUUCGCCUGGGACACUUGCCGCACCUUCAGGAUGCAGUAACUGUUGUGGGGUAUCCCCUAGGAGGAGACACCAUUUCAGUGACAAAGGGAGUUGUAUCGCGUAUAGAGGUCACAUCAUACGCCCAUGGCUCAUCUGAUUUGUUGGGCAUUCAAAUUGAUGCAGCAAUAAAUCCUGGUAAUAGUGGUGGUCCUGCAUUCAACGAGCAGGGAGAGUGCAUUGGGGUUGCAUUUCAGGUUUACAGAUCUGAGGAGGCUGAAAAUAUUGGUUAUGUGAUACCAACUACAGUUGUAUCUCAUUUUCUGAAUGACUAUGAGAGGAAUGGGAAGUAUACAGGUUUCCCUUGCCUUGGUGUAUUGCUGCAGAAGUUGGAGAAUCCAGCACUACGGGCGUGCUUACAAGUACAGUCUAAUGGGGGUGUGCUUGUUCGAAGAGUUGAACCUACUUUGGAUGCAAAUAAUGUUUUAAAGGAGGGGGACGUGAUUGUGAGUUUUGAUGAUAUUCAUGUGGGUUCUGAAGGAACAGUGCCGUUUAGAUCAAAUGAACGCAUUGCAUUCCGCUACCUCAUUAGUCAAAAAUUUGCAGGUGAUGUAGCAGAGCUUGGUAUAAUUAGGGCAGGCAAAUUUAUGAAAGUUCAAGUAGUUUUAAAUCCAAGAGUACAUUUGGUUUCCUAUCAUAUUGAUGGAGGUCAACCUUCAUAUCUAAUUAUUGCUGGUUUGGUGUUUACCCCACUUUCAGAACCAUUGAUAGAGGAGGAAAGCGAAGACUCUAUAGGGUUGAAACUGCUGGCUAAGGCACGGUACUCUUUGGCAAGGUUCAAAGGAGAACAGAUUGUGAUCCUAUCACAGGUCUUGGCAAACGAAGUAAACAUUGGAUACGAGGACAUGAGCAACCAGCAGGUUUUGAAGUUCAAUGGAACUCGAAUAAAAAACAUUCGUCACCUAGCACACCUUGUUGCUUGUUGCAAGGACAAGUAUCUAGUUUUUGAAUUUGAAGACAAUUAUCUAGCUGUUUUGGAUAGGAAAGCAGCUAUGGCUGCUUCAUCUCGCAUUCUCAAAGACUAUGGUAUUCCAUCUGAAAGAUCUGAUGAUCUUUUAGAACCAUAUGUUGAUUCACUUGGAGACAUCCAGACAGUGGAGCAGGACUUUGGCGAUAGUCCAGUUUCAAAUUUGGAGAUUGGCUUUGAUGGACUCCUUUGGGCAUAAUUAUUAACAUUUGUGAAUUCAGUUUGAUCGUCUUGGGUAGCAAGGUCGGGAGAUAAAAGAAAAUCCUAGCUCGGAAACUAUGAUUGAGAGCUUCAGUUUGCCACAUCAAAGUUUCAGUAGCUUAUGCUGAUUUCCAUGAAGCUCGAAUCAAAAUAUCAAAGUGCCAUAUCUUCCUUCCUUUUCCCCUCCUCCGGCAGUUGGUCAGGUAGUCAGGUUUUAUAAUUUGGUUGUAACAGUUUUCACAUUUCUUGAUUAAUUGAGAGAAAGCACGGCUGCAUGCCCAGAAUCAGAAUUAUGCUGCAGUUUUACCCCAAGGCCAGAGAGAGCAUUUGAUGUAAAUGUUUCGAAACAAUAAAAUUUUUAAAUUAUUCUCACUCAAUUUAAUGGGAAAUAUAAACGAUAUUGUCCCCAAUUUUGUCAUCGAUUUAUCAGUUU